AUAGCCCCUAGCCCCUAGCCGGCCAUAUCGUGUCCGAAAGAAAAAUGAAACAAAAUGAAACCUAAGCUUUCGAGAGCUCUCUCAGUCGUGAAACUCUUCUCUCUCUCCCUCCUCCACGAAACCCAUCUCUCGAGCUCUCUCAAUCGUGAAACCCCUCUCUCUCCCCCUCUCCACGAAACCCCUCUCAGUCUCUCGAUCUCCUUGCUUCUAUUCUUUAUCCCCUGAAAUCCAAAUCCUAUUCAGCGAUGGAGGAGAUAGAGUGCCCUAGAUCCACUCUCUCUCUCCUCCUCGCCUUCAAACUAGGGUGAAUUGAAGAGAUGCAGAAGACGAAGGUGUCCGAGAAGGUGGAGGCGAACGGGCUGUGCUGCGCCGACGAGGUGGCGCUGUGCUUCGAUGUCCUUAACCUCUUCACUCUCCGAGUGCCGCCGCCACCUCCGCACAAAGCUCCAAAACAAACCACCUCCAGUCCCCAAAGACACCCUAGACUUCCCCCUCACAGAAAGCAUCUACAUACCCUCACAGGACUGGUCGCCAUCCUCAUUUACAUCACUGGAGUCUCCGAUCUCUGUUAGUGAGAUAUUGGAUUCAGAGUUAUUAGGUGAAGGGUUGAUACCUUCUCUGCAACAUGCGCAUGACAUAUUGUUGGUGGAGAGUCCUGAAAUGGUGUCGUAUAGAGCAACCACUUACGGUCAGUUGGUUGAGAGCACAUUUUUGUGGAAACUUCGUGAUUUACGCAGUAAUAAGGCAGAAGUGAGUGAUGGGAUUCAUCUUGUUCUGACCGGGUUUGAGGACGUUUUGGGUGUUAAGCCACAACAAUAUGCAUUUCAUUGUGAUGCUAUAGCAGAUGAAGUGAAACCGCUGUCGGAACCCUUCAAGAUCUUUGAAUUUUAUUUUUCGAAACGGCCACAGAGUCGUGGAGAAACUGAGCUAUCUAUAAAGGCGACUAAUGAGGGUCGAGUUCAUGCUGUAAUUUCAUGGUGGAUACUUCAACUUGAUCGAGAAUGGACAAUCUUUUAUUCCACUGCCCCUAGGUGGAUAAAUUUGCCAGCCAACAUUAGUUCGAUCUAAGCUGCUAGAUUGCGGUGGGUCUAAUGUUGGUCUUUAUUCCCCAAAUUGCACUCACCUCAUUGUGGAUAGGAUUGCCUAUGACCAUCCUGUGUGUGCUGCUGCUCGAAAGGACGGCAAAACGGUUGUCACGGCUUUGUGGGUUCUUCAUAGUUUUGAUGUUGGACUGCCCCUUGAUGCUGCUGCUAUUAUAUACAGACCUCUCAAACAUUUGAAUGGUAUUCUCGGUGCCAAGAAUUUAUUAAUGUGCUUGACUGGAUAUCAAGGACAAGAUAGAGAUGACAUUAUGACAAUGGUUGGUUUAAUGGGUGCUCAGUUUUCUAAACCAUUGGUGGCAAGCAAAGUCACUCAUCUCAUUUGCUAUAAAUUUGAAGGUGCUCCUCUUAAGUAUCUGUUUUCAUAGGAUGUGCCUAAACUUUAGCUAUUAACAUAACCAAGUGCUCCUUGAUCCAUAUAUACAAGUUUGAUAUUUGUCAAGUAGAAGACCACCUUCUCAAAAUGUUGGGUUAAGCCUGGAGCAGAGUUGAGAUGCUUUUUUUUCACUCCCUCGAUUUCCCGGAACCCUUGUGUUGGAACUUGAUUAGUUGCCUUUGUGAACUGACAAAAGUGAUCCGCUCAUACUGUGCAUAGCACGAGGUGAUAGUAGCAAGUAAGGGAUUUUUAAUCUUAGAUUAUGGCUUUCUUGGGCUGCAGUUGCUGUUGUAGGAUGGUGGUGACAAUUGACUGCUCAUACAAGGAAACCAAAUAGGCAGGGUGCCUGCUUUGCAGUACUUAAAUGCUUUGUAUAUUUAACAAUAGCAUCUGAGGUCUAGUAGUUCAGUAUAUCUAUGGAGAUUCUAUGACAAUAUAUUGCGUGUUUUGGCUCA